ACGAGGCGCCAAGAAGCAAGGAGAGAUUGACGAGCCGCGCUCAACCCAUGUUCGACACGUCGAUGCGCCUGACCUGGCCUCGGUGGCCCUCGUCCGCGAGCAGCAACAACGGCGACGAGUCGCCCGGCGACGAUCUGGGCGCCACGAGCCCGAUGUCGUGCGGCGGCGACGGCGCAGCAACUGCCGGUGGCCCCGACGAGGUGGUGGAGGUAUUCAAGCCCCGAGCCGGGAUCCGAAUUGGCAUCUCGCUGAUGCGCUCGUGCCCCGCGCAUCCCACCGUGCGCACCGUAUUGCCGGGCUCACUCGCCGCGCAGCGCCGCUCCGACGGCUCGGAUGCACCCAUCAUCAGCACGUUUGAUCGCAUCCUCGCAAUCAACGGCGACAAGCCGCGGACGGCACGCGACGCUGCGGCGAUGAUCCGCGACGCGCAGGGCUGUGUCCGCAUCCGGCUGCUGCGCAAACCGCCCGUCUUCGUCGCCGACUCUGCUCUGAAGCUGCAGCGGCGGUGGCGGCAGCGGCGCGGCUCGAGGAUCGAGAUCGUGUGGAAGGCGGCGGCGGCGGCGGCGGUGGGGGUGGCCUUCUCGGACGCGUUGGAGGACGCGGCGGUGGUCGCGUCCGUCGUGCCGAACAGCCUCGCCUCCGACGCCGCCCUCCACCCCGGCGACCGCCUGGUUGCGGUCGACGCCAAGCACGUCGGCUCGCCGCGCGAGGCGGCCGAGAUGCUUCGGCAGGCGCGCGGGGCGGUGGCGCUGACGGUGGUGGAGGCGGCGCGCGUGGACCAGGACGCGCUGCUCGCGUCGGAGCGCCGCCGCCGCGCCGCCGAGGCGGACGGCACCGCCGAGCCUUGCGCCCUCUGCCUCGAGGUUCCGCGCUCGGAACUUGUCGCCUGGCCCGCCGGCUGCGAGCACCACUUUUGCGCGCGGUGCACGUACAAGGCGCUCGACUUUGGGAUCCGGGCGUGCCCGCUCUGCCGCGCCGAGAAGCCGAGGCUCCACGCCGACGAGGCUUGAGGGCGAUGGCCCAGGCCGGAGUCGAGGCGAGAGGCCCGCUCCAGCGAUCGGACCACAGCACGAACCACAUACCACAACGUUGCAUCUCCCCGCAUGUCUCACCCUCCAGUUAUUGUGUAUCAUCAGAGUAGUACGGUGUUGUCAAGUGGCAAGUGCGACGUGAAGACGUCUGAGCUUUCUUAUCGUUCGAGUCGAGGAAUAAUGAAAUCUCGCGCUGCCCGAGUGCGAGUCUCGCGAGACCCAUUAUACAGAUAGAGUUAGAGAGAGACUUGCAAACAUGGGCUGCAAGCAACGCGGGUUCCGUGGUCAACGGGCGUUCGACCACACCACCGGCCAAGGCUACGUCAAGUCACAGCGUGGCCACUACCAUGAUGGGAUCUUCACCAAACGAAACAAGUUCAACCUGCUUCUCCACGCGAGAGACAUUCGGCGGUGGCUUCUCGCCGCCAGCAGUUGCAAAGAUCAACCGCCUUGCGCGCAAGGCUCAACGCUCGGGCGUUGACCGCACCGCGUACCCUCCCCACUCCCGCCUCUCAUUUGUGUCACACCACGCGGAACGCAUCUCCAUCGCUUCGGUGAAGGGGGUGAACCGUGCCAUCCUCGAUCGCCGUGCAAAGCUCGCUUCCGAGCUCUCACGCCGCGCGUAGGGCCCUUAGGGGCUUAGGGAACACAACCCCCUCUCUCUUUUCUCCCAGUAAGCUAUAAGUACGUACAGAUACACAAAAUACGGGUUUACAAAC